GAAUUGUCCAAGAUAACGAUGCCGGUUGUCUUUAACGAGCCGCUCAGCUUCCUCCAACGGCUUGCCGAGGGGAUGGAGUACAUCAGCCUACUGGAUAAAGCGUGUGACUGUGAUGAUGCUGUCGAUAGAAUACAGUAUGUCACAGCAUAUUACGUAUCCAUGGUAGCUUCAAGUGAAGGACGAUUCGCGAAACCAUUCAACCCACUACUGGGGGAAACCUACGAAUUGGAACGGCUGGACAAUGGGUUUCGGGUGUUGCUAGAGCAAGUUAGCCACCAUCCACCAAUCAGCGCCCUCCAAGCCGAGUCAACAACGGGACGCUAUAAACUUCAAGGCUCUGUGCAUCCGAAGUUGAAGUUUUGGGGAAAAUCUAUAGAAAUUAAUCCAGAUGGACAGUUAACGAUUGAGCUUACAGAGCGAAAUGAAGUAUACCAGCUUAACCAUGUCAACUGCGUAGUCCAUAAUGUAAUUUUUGGAGACAUGUGGAUUGAGCAGGUAGGACAACUACAAGUCACUAAUCUAAGGACUAGACACAAGGCAGCGCUCAACUUUAGGCCUGUUGGUUGGUUUGGCAAAGACCUGCACAAACUUGAUGGCUAUAUCUACAAUGAAAGAAAAGAAAAGAGGGUUGCACUCUUUGGCAAGUGGACGAGUGCGCUGUACAGUGCCGAUGUGAAAACAUACGAAUCUUAUAAUUCGAAGAAGAAAGAUUCUCAUCGACACUCGAAAUAUAGUGAUGAGUCAGAUAGCCAGAUAGCCGACAUUCCACAGUGCCCCAAUGCAAAGUUGCUAUGGAGACGGGAUCCACUGCCUCCAAAUGCAGAGCAGGCUUAUCUGUUCAGUGAGUUUGCUCUGACGCUGAAUGAGUUCACGGACGAGAUGAGGGCGAAGCUUCCACAGACAGACUCGCGGCUACGCGACGACGUACGCCGACUCGAGCACGGUGACAUCGAUGGCGCUGCUGAUAAUAAAUUGAUUUUGGAGGAAAAACAAAGAGCAACAAGAAAGCUUAUGCAUAGUAAUAAGGAAGUUUGGUGCAAUAGAUGGUUUAAAGAAGGACCCAACCCACACACUGGUGUCCCAGAUUGGCUGCCCACAGAGAGAUGCUACUGGGACAGGGAUUGGUCAGGCUGCCCUGAUAUAUUCUGAUAGACUUGAAAUAUUCAAGUUAUUUAUUUUAAAUCAUAGGUCAGUGGGCACUACACUGCAGGUAAACAUCAAUGAUAUGGGCCUGAUGUAGGCGUUUAAUGUUCCUAGUUGCAUCAGUGACCGGUGUGCGGUAGUGUCUACAUAACUGCAGCCAGAUUGCGAUAAUUUAAUGUCUGCUACGGGAUGAAUUUGGACAAAAAAACAUUUGGUAACUUAAAUAAUAGAGAUGUUGCCCGUUGCAGCAUUCUUUAAUUAAUCCUACUGUAAAUAACUGCAAGGGAACCAUUGACUGGUAAUGCCAAUUAAGAGAUGAAGAAAAGUAUGGUUCCUAUAGGAAAGUGAUAGCCUUUCUCAUUACCAGCCUAGCUGCUUGUUUUAAAGCAUUUCCAGAUCGUUGCGAGUAAUCUCUCUAAGACCCUCUCAAACGCGAACUGGUGUCUCUGUAUGAUUGUUUAUUUUUUGCCAAAUCAUGAAAUUGUGAAAUUAGAUCAUUAAAUAUUGACUACAUUUUUAGAUAAUUUUGUAUAUUUGCACCUCUUUCGACACCAUUGGAAUUUUAAUGGGGUUAAUUUCUUGCACGCUCUGGUAUGUCUUCUUUAUGUAACAAUAUUUGCUGAAGAACCUGACGUAUGUUAAAAUAUGAUCUGCUAUCGAUAACUUAUGCUGAAGAUAGAGUGCGUUUGGUGUCAACUUAUAAUAUGCAACUGAUUUGUAUUAUCUGGCUGGUGACAGCUGGAUGGGUGAAUCACACGAAGGUUAAAGUGACCAAAGAAACUGCAUCAGUGGUUUCGUUCGUACACUAUUUCCAUCAUGAAUGCAAAUUGUCGUACCGCACAGUUAGGUUUUGAGAGUAUAAUAUACAGUUAUUGAUUUACAAUUCAACGAACUAGGCUGAUUUGUGUCACGGUCUGAUGCAUGUAUUUGCCCACUGUAAAUAAUUUUAUAAAAUUUAGGCAAGGGAAGUAAGUGUAGAAAAUAAAAGUGUGCAACUAUUGUAAGUCUUUAAACUAUGAUAAAACGUAUUUGCCCCCACAUUGCAUAAUCAAUGGUGAUUGGUGAAAGUAGUAGAAUGAACAUAUGUAUACUAGUAUACAUAUGUUCAUGCUAGUAGUUGGUGCGUACCUUGUCAACGUUUCUAGUCCCAGCAUGCACCACCAAUUCGAUUUUCGUACUUUAUCAAUUCAUAUUUUGUAAAGGUUUACACCUACAUAACUAUAGAAAGUACCUGUUCACUAUUUCUAUCAAAACCAUGUCAUAAAACAACCACCAGUUUCUAUAAAUGAUGACUGCACCAUGAACCUUAGUUCAAAACAGUUGCUAUACAGCGUUGACAGUUCAAAUGCUGAUAUUGAUAUAUUGCGAAAGUUCUAUUGUGAAAGUAGUGAAAGUAUUUGUUAAUUGAAGGUUUAUAAAGGUUGUUAUUGUCCACUAAUUUUGAUUAUAUAUUAUUAUUAAAAAUACGUUGAUAACCAUUGAAAA